AUGGUCAUGGCAUAUUCCCAAUUGAAGCGCUGGCUCGGAAAAGUCCAGGUGCCUACAGAGCCCGGAUUAUCAACCGCGCAGCUCAUGUUGACAAAUGACGAUCUUCGGCCAGUUGAGCCAGAGCGUCGCCAAUGGGGUUGGCUCAAUUUUGUUGCAUUUUGGAUUGCGGAUUCUUUGAAUGUGAAUACCUGGAUGAUAUCAUCCUCGAUGAUCGUUGAUGGCCUCUCCUGGUGGCAGUCAUGGUUAUGCGUCUGGAUAGGCUACACAAUCUCGGCUCUUUUUGUCUGUCUCAUCGGCCGUAUCGCUUCCAUUUAUCGCAUUCCAUUUGCAGUCACCAACCGAGCUUCCUUCGGCAUCUGGGGUUCAUUUUGGCCAAUCAUUAACCGCGCCGCAAUGGCUGUUAUUUGGUAUGGCGUUCAGACAUAUCUAGGAGGUGAAUGCGUCACAUUGAUGAUCGCAGCCAUAUGGCCUAGCUAUAAUACCCUGCCCAACUCAAUCCCUGCUUCUUCAGGGGUGACCACCAAACAAUUUGUGAGCUUUCUGAUAUUUUGGAUCAUGUCUUUACCGGCUCUCUGGUUCCCAAUCUAUAAGAUCAGACAUCUCUUCACGGUCAAAGCAUACUUUUCUCCAGCGUGUGCUAUUGCAUUCUUCGGUUGGGCUAUUGCCCGCGCCCAUGGACUGGGUCCCAUCAUAACCCAGCCGAAUACUGUACAAGGCAGUACUCUAGCUUGGGCAUUUGUGAAAAGUAUCAUGAACUGCAUUGCCAACUUCGCUGCUCUUGUCAUCAACAACCCGGACUUCACGCGCUAUGCCCGUGAUCCCAAGGAUGCUCUAUGGCCGCAGCUGAUCACAAUCCCAGUUGGCUUUGCCGUCACCUCCUUUAUUGGUAUUAUUGUGUCCUCUUCUUCAAGUGUUAUCUUCGGUCAAUCCGUUUGGAACCCUUUGACAUUACUGGGAAUGUUCUUAGAAGGAGCAAGCUCUGCCGAGAGAUUUGGAAUCUUUGUCAUUGCAGCCGGAUUUGCUCUCGCGCAGCUGGGAACAAAUAUUGCAGCAAACUCGGUGUCAGCGGGCACUAACCUCACUGCUCUUUUACCUCGAUUCUGCACAAUUCGACGUGGCGGAUAUCUCUGUGCAGCUAUUGGGCUUGCUAUGUGUCCUUGGACUCUGGUUUCAUCAUCUAGCAACUUCACACUCUAUCUCUCAGCAUACUCGGUCUUUCUUUCUGCCAUUGCAGGCGUCAUGGCCAGCGACUAUUAUCUAGUACGUAAAGGAUAUCUUGACGUUCAAGCCUUGUACAGCGCUCGAAAGGAUGGCCCUUAUUACGGUCACUUUGGAGUUUCAUGGCACGGAUACGCCAGCUACUUGUGCGGAAUUAUGAUCAACAUCGUUGGCUUCGCGGGCGCUGUCGGUGUUGACGUUCCAGUUGGAGCAAAGUACAUCUACGAUAUCAACUAUUUUUCAGGUUUCAUCGUCUCCGGCGGGGUGUACUGGAUUUUGGCUAGCCUUUUUCCUCUUCCCGCGACAAGUGAAAAAUGGAAUGAGAUUCCCUAUGAACCGCAUAACAUAUCAGAUGUGGAGGAGAAGAAAGUGGAACAGGUGUAA